CAGUGCUGUUUGGGUCUUUUCUCUGCGGCUGGCGGAGGAGCCCUCUGAUUGGCUACAGUAGGAAACGCGCUCUUUCAGCCCACCCACUGCUGAUUAUAGGGACUCUUGCAAACUCGGUUUCCUUUCUUGCAUUGAGUCUAGGACCUGGCCCCGGGGCUGAACGGCACACACAAAGCGCACAGCAUGGCAGCUACCCACAACGAGUACAGAGGCUACCUGCGGAACACCGUCGACAUCGAGGCGGGACAGCAGCACCGUUUCCACCCGGUGCAGAACUCGGAACCCACUUACCGGCCGCUCCUAUUCGGGACCCUCGCUGUUAUGGGAUUGCUUCAGGUGGCCUCCAGUGUGGCGAUCUUAUUACACCUGACAGGUUACCUGCAAGAGGUAGAUUUGUCCACAACUCCACAUCGGCCCAUGGAGGAGUUGCAGACAGAGCCGGUGCUGAACGCACUGAAAGAUACGAGGAAAAACAGACGGUGCAAGAAUAAAGAGGGCAUGCCUUCAGCCCACCUACCAAUGAGAAGGCAUCAAGAGUUCCCCAAGAAGAGUGAGCAGACGACCAUCGUCAUUGAGUGGGAUGAUGCGCAUGGGUACCUCCACAAAAUGAGCUACCAGAAGGGGAAACUGCUGGUGACGGAAUCUGGUUUCUACUAUGUUUACGCCAAAACCUGCUUUCGCUAUUACAGAAUCAGCGAGACGGAGGACGUGGCUCAGACCAGGACCCCCCAAGUGGAUGUUAAAAACACCCAGCUCUUCCAGUACAUCUGCUAUGAGAGCAUCAAACAGAACAGCAAGGCUGUGACACUGAGCAAGACGGGCAGCACCAUGCGCUGGAAUGAGACGAGCUUUAACAUGUACUGUGCCCAGCAGGGCCGGGGGGUUCAGCUGGACGCGGGAGAUACUUUGUUUGUUAAUGUGUCCAACGCUUUCAUGCUGGACCAGGCGGGAGAAGGGACGUAUUUUGGGGCCAUAAAGUUGGGCAACUGAAACUUAAAUACAUGGGGAGCGGACAUGCUACUGAACAUUUGAUAUGCCAAAAAAAAAAACCACUGUUAGUGAUUUAUAAUGUUGAUUUGUCAAAAAAGUUUGUUUUUUUUUUUUAAAAAUUGUACAUGUGUGUUUUGUUUUGUGUCACAUUGUUCUUCACCAAAUAGCCUUUUUUUUUUUUUUUGAGUAUUUUAUGAGGAAAAACUUAUGCAAAAGGUAAACACCUUUAAAAAAACCCCAAAAAACAACUUGUCUUUCCACUUUCCGUUCUUCCUUUCCCAAAAAGCAGAACCAGACCUCUCCGCUUCACCCAAAAUAGCACUUGAGUUUUAUUGGGCUUUUUUUGCGGUUCGUGUUGGGAAAUUUAAAUACAUUCAGUUCAGAUUACAACAUUUAGACUUAAGGAUUGACAUGUGUUUAUGCACUAAUUAAACAAUCCACAAGGGAGCAACUAAGGAAGUAAGUUUGUUGGCAGGAGGUGCAGCAAGGAAAGAUUUAUCAGUGCUGAUUGUUGGAGAAAAAUGUCCAAAGGGAGAGUUGGAGUUGAUGGAGCAUCUGCUUGUACUCAGCAGAUUAUCACAGGAUAAAAACAACAAGACUCCUCGGCCUGGGUCUGAUCCGGAGCAGUGGAUGCUUAAGUGUUUUCGGAGGUUUUGGAAGUCUGAAUAAGGUAGGCAAUGAGGUGUCCUCGGAGUAAGUAGCUCAGCAGCUUGAGCAGAUAGUGAGAGGUUAUUUCACCCAAAAGGCACAAUUGAAAUUUAGAUUCCCCAUGAGUCUGACAUUUGGCCUCCUAAAACACAUUUAUUUGUUUUUCUGCCCUAAGUGGUCAUUUGAAGGCAAUCACAUGACAACGUCAUAAACGAUGUGUUUCAUUUAUGACGAUCAGCAAGCGAAGCAGAUAGCAGGACUGUCUGACCAUAAAUGACAGGAAUAGACUCUUGUCUUCUUCUACUAGAGGAACCAAAUUGAGUUUGGUUCGUCUUUAACUUAACAUUUUUUUUUUCAUUUGGCUCUUCAGUGAGGUAAAUGGGAAUAUGCACUAAAUAUUUAUUUAUUAGCUAGAGAAGUACAGAGACAGGCCACUGUUAAAGUGACCUUUCAGCUGUAAAAAAAAAUCAUUUAUAUUUUAUUUCUGUAUGACAUUCAUUAAGCAGCACUUAGAGGAAAUAGUAGGCACGCUUAUUGUUAUUAAAACACAGGGGCUUCAUUUUAAAUUCUAUAUUUAUGUAUCUUAAAUUUUGACAAUUCUGUGUACUUGCCUAACCAAAAGCAAUAUGGUUAUAUUGUUUCUUCUUCAAGAUUGUAGCAUACCUGUAAGAUCUUCAUCUGAUUUUUAUCUGCUAGAUUUUUCCAUUCAGUGUUCUUUUUUUUUUUUUUAAUUUAUG